UCAUACAACAUGACACUGAAGGCAAUUAUACUCUCCGCUCUUGUGGCCGUUGCCCUCUCCCGCCCUGAAAACACACCAUCCUAUAGCUAUGGUGUCACAACGCCGUCCUAUGGAUAUGGUGUAACAACGCCCUCUUCAGCACCCGCCAAGUACGACUUCAACUACGCCGUCAACGACCCACCAUCUGGCAACGACUUCGGCCAUCAGGAGGCCCGAGAUGGCCCCAACACUCAGGGUUCCUACUUCGUUCUCCUUCCCGACGGUCGAAUUCAGAGGGUCACCUACAAUGUGAACGGUGAUUCUGGAUACGUGGCCGAUGUCACUUACGAGGGUGAUGCGACACCACGCCCCUAUACACCCGCUCCCCAGUAUGCUUAAAGAUUUCGUUUCAUUAAUAGCAUCCUCAAAUUCUGUAUAUAUAAGUUAAUAAACUAGCAUAUGCA